UCGACACAUAUCGCGAACGGCUCGCCUUAUACGGACGACCGUGCCACCUUUAUUGUCCAAUUUAACAUAUAGCCGUGUACUGUUAUAGGCGCGAUGUUACCGGUGAAGUCAUAAUGUGCGUCGUACAAAAAUAGAAAUACAGUGUUUACAGGAAAAUAGUAUCAAUAACAAAGUGUUGCGGUUUGUAAUUGAACGGAAAUGGCAGCUAAAUCGCCUACCAUGAGUGUGAAGUCGCGGGAAAUGAUCGGCAACGAGCAGUUCAGUCAGCGACGCGAAGUGUUCGGUAAGCACGACACGGUGUUCCUGCCGCCCGCGUCGCCCGUGCCCGCCUCGUACCGCGACGUCGAGCCCAUCGUCACCUCCAACCACGGCAAGACCACCGCCAACUUCAAGCGGAACACGCCCGGCUACUCCAGCAUGAGGGAGUCACGCACCGAAGAACGAGUGUUCGACUUCCGACCGCGGAAGUACUCCGACAACUUCACAUCGGAACUGAACCAAAGCGAUGAUGUGGAGUACAGACACACCAUGACGGAGAGAACGCGGCGCCUCUCCAAACUCCGGCGAGACUUCAUGACCUCCAAUCUACACGAACCAGGUAGUACCAGCCCGUUCAACCGCUCUGGAACACGGGCAUCGAUGCCGGCUAACAGUGCCGCUCCAUUAAAAUAUAAAAUUGAAAGUCCUAAUUUAUAUAAAUUCCCCUUCGCCGAGCCUUACUUGACACCGACGCCGGUACGGAAAGUUAUUGUGGAUCUGGGGUCGCCAGAUGUAGAAAGCGCAGGAAAGGAGAAUCGUGAUCCUGAGAAAACACGACAUUUGAGCUUAUCAAACCAUGAAACGCCGAGCAAAUUGGAGCAACAGAAGCUGUUUGAGGAAAUACUGAAGAGGUAUUCGCCACAGAGGAAGCCUGUCGACUGGGAGUUACCUCCGACUAAGCCGAGGGUGGUCGCGUCUGUUCCUAAAUCUAGUUCUAGUGUGGCCGACAGUAUUGAUAGUGGAGAUAAAAAAGUUGACGACAAAACAGAAAAAGGUGAUGAUGACGUGUUUGAAAAGAAACAAAACGGUGAAGUGGCGCCGGCAGUCUUAAGUGAAAAUUCAGUUGAUGGAAAAUCUGAUAAUAAUCCUGUAGAAGUUAAAGCGGAGGUCAUUCAAAAUGGCCCUGAAUCAUUAAGUAAGGAUGUCGCUGCUGCGAAAGAGAGUGAAACAAAAACAUCACAGUCUGAAUUAGAUGAGAAACAAGAUCAGGUGCCGGAACUAUCGACAAUUCAGAGGCAAAUCAGUAGAGAUUCAGCCAAGAAGCCACCUAUGGACAAAGUUAUAGACUUAAGUAUACCCGCACUGAUACAGAAAAUGACAGUUGAGGCGGAGAGCCUGGAGAAAACGAAUAAGCAGAAGAAAGUGAAGAGAAAACGUAGUUUCUUGGACAAGUUACUAGGUCGCAAGAAGGACAAGUAGUAGCGAUAUAUUGUAACAUUGAUGUGAUAUUGAAUAUACUGCAAAUAAUGCAGGACAGCCAAAGAUUUAAAGAAGCAUGACGUCAUCUCUGUAAUCUUUUGAUUUGUAGAUAUAUUUCUUUAUAUCGCAAAGGAAUAAACCGAUAGAUUUUAUUUAUAUCUAAAAUAUAAUUAAGGCCAGUC